UGUCAUUGUUAUGGUUUCGUGAUUAGACAACAACAGUCAAAUCAUCCAGUCGACGACAACAAAUCAAAAUAAUUUGUUUUUAUUUUUUUCAUUCGCAUUUCUUUUUUCUGGCGUCGAGUUUCUAUUCCGUUGAAUGUCAUUUAAUUGAUGUAGUAGAGAUUGUGUGUGUGUGGCGCAUCGAAGGCGACAACCACUUGUAUUUCAUUUCAAUAAAAUACGAUAGGCAUUUAGGUGGUGGUGUAGACUGUCGACAGAGUAUAUUCAAUGUAGGUGUGUGAUCGAAUAUCGUGAGGCUGGCGUUUUUGUGUUGUGGCAAACCAAAAAAAAUGGAUUCGUUCUUUGGCAACAUAGUUAAGGCAAAGUUCAACAGCCGAGAGCAUCAAAUCAAACAAUCAUUGAUUGACACUCUUUCCGACAAUGCCAAAGAGAUACAGUACGAACUAAAAGAAGGUGCCAAUGAUGAGAUGUGUGAACAGCUGUACUUGUCUGAUCACACACAGUCGCUGUGUGCAACAAUCGAGGCAAUUUUUCUGCAUGGUCUGAAAGAUUCAUUCCUCUGGCAAACCGUGAAUAUUCUAGUUGGAACGGGCGGUGAAGCAAAUCGUCGUCCAUCGCCUACAUUUUGGGCACCGUUGAUGAUCUUCUCGCACAAAUAUGCAAUCGAACAAAUCCAUUCGAUGACACAGAUUACCACCGAAAUUGGCUAUUGUCGAUGCUGGAUACGACAAUCACUGAACGAUUGCUUGCUUUCAUCCUACUUCUCAAAUAUGCGCAAGAGCUCACAAACUUUAGCACCAUAUUAUCAACGCACAGCAUUUUUACGGGAUUCUGAUUUUAUGGAAUUGGCAGAAAGUUUGAUUGGUGGACUUGAAGCAUGCGUCUCUUUUGAUCUACCACUUAAUUCGAGUUUAUUGAAUACGUGGACUGAUUUGCCAUUACAAUUAUCCGGAUUAUAUACGCCAUCACUUCAAUCGUAUCCGAUUGCGUCGGGCAUUGAUGUGGCCAACAAUACAGGCGUUUUGUACACAUCGGUUUCGCCGGCGAAAAUUGCCGCCGAUAAGCCAAUGCAUGAAUUAGUGGCCGAAGAUCGAAAUAUUCCCAUUCCAAAACCGCUGCAAACGAAUGAAUUUUUUUCUGCAUCAAUUCAUAAUUCACCGUUUAAAGAGUCGGCAAUACCAAAUCUCAAAGCCACCUUCAUCAAACCGUAUGUGAGCGUUGAAGAGGUGGAAGAGCCAACGAGUGUGGAUGUGGGCGUCGAUUGUUUUGAGGCCAUUGACGAUGAUAUUGAGCAUGAUGUGCAAUUGACGGCUCUGUUGACCCGUGUGGAUGCCAUGGUUACCAAGAGAGACUCACCAGAACCAUCGAAUAGCGGAGUGGCUAAUCUUCAGAGUGAAAUGAGUGAAGCGGAAAAACGAUUAUCCGCUUUGAUGACGGCCAACGAUGCUGAUGAGCAAAUUAUAAUCGAAACCGAAGAGACAAACCCAUUCAGUAGUGCAUCACCAAUUAUGGGAAAUUCAUUGGUUUCUCGAAUGGGUUGGUCAUCGACCGAUGACAAUGAACUUGAAAUCGCAGCUAAAGCCAAUGAAGAAUCAACAACACCCGUGCAAUCGAUGUCACGCUCACUCAGUCGAUCCAACAGUCUGAACAGUUCCAUUAAAUCGCCGAUCGAUCGAUUUAGCUACAAUUCACUGUUGCGCCGUGGCGUCAAACGAGCACAAGACGGUGAUGAGUGUUUCUCACGUCAAAUUGACUAUAACGAUGUUUGGCAACGCUUUGAAAGCACAUUAGGAAUUGCACAUACAAAUGCGGUGAGCAAUGAUGCGGCCGAAACAAAAUCGCAAAAGUCGGCCGACAAACCAGAUGAAUCGGGUGACGAAGAUGCUUUGGUGGAUUUUGAAUUCGUUCAAAGCGAUAGUUUGGCACAUUUUUCAAUGCCCGAACUCCGUGAGAUGGUGCAACAAACAUUCAAAAUACCACGUGAAUCUGGACUGGAUUCACAGAAUUUUGCAUGCUUAUCGUGUGGAAAUCCACUUGGAGUUGGUGGCUCUGGCGUAACAACCACACAAGUUUGUGGAUUUAAUGGCGCAUACUACUGUUCGGGUUGCAUGGCCACGGAUCCAUUUCAAAUACCAGCUCGCGUGAUUUUCAACUGGGACUUUAAAAAAUAUCCGGUUUCACAGAAGGCAGCCGCAUUUUUGCAAGAAUUUCAACAUCAAUCGUUUAUCGAUUUGAAAAUUUUAAAUCCAGACAUUUACCAGUACGUCGAUGAAAUGGCUGAACUACAAUCGCUGCGAAUUCAAUUGAACUUUAUUCGAGCGUAUUUGUUCACAUGCUGUGCACCAAUCAUAGAAAAGCUUCGCAAGCAAUUAUGGACCAAAGAAUACUUGUAUGAGCACAUUCAUCGCUAUACUUUCGCUGAUUUGCAACGCAUCCCAAAAAAAUUGUUGGCCGAUCAAUUGCGAAAAGUGGUGGCCUUUGGGCGUCAACACAUUUUGGAGUGUCCGUUGUGCAGUCAAAAGGGAUUCAUUUGCGAGAUUUGUCAAAGCAACAAAGUGCUUUAUCCAUUCGAUAUUGACACCACGUACAAGUGUGACGAUUGCAGUGCCGUAUUCCAUGCAGAGUGCCUUAAUGCACUGCAUCCAUGUCCGAAGUGUGAGCGACGUCGAAAACGUGAAGAUUUACCAUUGCUUGAUGUAAUCCAUCAGACAGCUGAUGCAACUGAGGAAUUUGUUAGCAAAGAAAACGAACACUUACUACCUUAAAACCAUGACUCGAAUUUGAGUUCAGAGGCUUACGCCUCUAUAUAUGUUUUUUUUUUUCAGCUCCGUGACACCAGUUGCAGCAGAAAUUCUGCGGAGCGAGCAGUAAUCAGCAGAAAUUGCGUGCUCGGAUUUAAAUUUUGGAACCGGGGGGCUAGCGUCACAGAGCUAUUUUUUUCUUUUGAUAAAACUGUAUCCAAUAACAACAGCAACAAAGCGUUUGGUCACAAUGGUCAAUUUUUUUAGUUAUGGAAAUGUUAAUUUUAUUUAUAACCAUUUAUAUAUAUAAAAAAAAACAGUUAAAAGAUUGUACAUAGCUAAAUUGUGUAUAAAAUGGUGUAUUGCAAAUAAAAAAUCUUAUGAUGAAAGAAAA